CCCAAUCUCCACUUUUUCCAAUUUUCUCCCCCCUCCUCUUCGUCCUCUUCGUCUUCUUCAUCUUCUUCAUCUUCUUCCUCCCCCUCUGACUGCCACCACGACUGCCCAUUCUUCCCUCAUCCAUCAAACCCUUUUCUCACAAUAAAACCAUCCUCCAUAAUCCACCCCCCCUCUGAAACCUCAAUCCUCAACCUACUACUACCCUUCGUACCGCUCCUUACACUACCCAUUUUAUCUGGAUUUUUAUCUCUUCCUCAUCUUUCUCUCUUCUGGUCUUCCCUCCAUAAUCACAGGGAAAUUAGAGUUCUCAGAACUCUAAUUGAUUACAAGUCUGUGGGCUCCCCCUUCUCCUCAGCCUCAGUAUGGUUGGUUGCACCCUGCUGAUCUUUGGCUUGUUGGCUUCCGCCGCUUUCUUCCCUUUGUCUUCUUCAGAUCCAAACGACGAGGCAUGCCUCGUCAAUCUAAGCCAAUCUUUAGAAGACCCGACUAAUUCCCUUCAUAACUGGACCCAAUCCAACCUUGCUAACCCUUGCAAUGGCUUCAACUCCUACAUUCAUGGUGCCACUUGCAAUAGUGGCCGUAUUUACAAGCUUUCCCUCAAUAAUCUCUCCCUUCGCGGUACUAUUUCCCCUUUUCUUGCAAACUGCACUAAUUUACAAGCCCUCGACCUCUCCUCCAAUUUCCUCACAGGCCCAAUCCCUUCCGACCUUCAAUAUCUCGUGAAUCUCGCCGUUCUUAACCUCUCUGCUAAUCGCCUCACCGACCAGAUCCCUCAGGAGCUCGCAUUUUGUGCUUACUUGAACGUUAUCGAUCUCCACGACAAUUUGCUUACUGGGCAGAUUCCCCAACGAUUGGGUCUUCUCGUUAGACUCUCUACUUUCGAUGUCUCGAAUAAUCGUCUCUCUGGACCAAUUCCUUCCACGCUCGGUAAUCGAAGUGGGAAUUUGCCCAAAUUUAAUGCCUCCUCGUUUGAAGGCAACAAGGAUCUCUACGGCUACCCUCUGGCGCCAUUGAAGAACAGGGGCCUCUCUGUUAUCGCUAUUGUUGGAAUCGGUUUAGGGAGUGGACUCGUUAGCUUGGUGCUUAGCUUCACCGCCGUUUGUAUAUGGCUGAAAAUCACAGAACGGAAGAUGGUGGUUGAAGAAGGCAAAAUUAGUCAGCUCAUGCCUGAUUAUUGAUCUUAAUCCCCCAUUUUCAAGCAGAGAUUAACGAGUUGUAAUUCUUGAUAAGAUUUUCUGUUCAGGUAUAUACCAUUUUCCAUCUUUUUCUCACCCCUCUUUUCCUAAAUCAGUUAUGGUUUAGUCCUUUUCUUUUGCCUUUUGUAAUUGGAAGAUGCCUUCUCGAUACAACAUCGGAGAAGGAUCUUUUUUCCUUUUUCAAUAUUUUUUUUGCUCCUCACCUUUUUAGGCAUUUUCUUCUCAAAACAAUCAACAAUGUAAAAAAAAAAAAAAGAAAAAAGAAAAAAAAAAGAAACAAACCCAUUGGUUAAGAACUUAAAAUCAAGUUGGGCUCCCAUUUUCUUC